AUUUGUAACGUUUGAGGAUUUGAAGACUAAGAGAAAGGAUGCCCCCUUGAUUUGAUCUUUGAAUUUAGAUGUUUUGACAUGACAUCAUUUGGAUGGAAGAGGAAACUUGGAGGGAAUGUGUCCAAAAAAUUGUCUGAGAGUUUCCAGGACGACAGCAGAGAUCACCAUGACAACCUGGAGGAAGUGGACUGGCUGACCUUGACACCAAAGAGGAAGGUCAUCUGUCUGGAGGACAGUCGGGCAAAAAGUGAACGUCUGAAACAGGAAGGAAGUCUCCUGGCCGAAUCAGAAAGGUACUGGGAGGCUAUUUCUAAGUGGGAGGAAGCGCUAGGACUUAAUCCCGACGAUGAAGCUCUCCAUGAAAUGAGGGCUCAGAGUUACCUGCUCCUGAAUGAGGUUUACCCAGCAGUCCAAGCUGCUGUAAAGUGUACAGAGGUCAAUCCGUUGUGGUGGGUGGGGCACCAGACUCUGGGGCGGGCACAGCUGGGUCUGGGAGAUGUCGCAAUGGCAGUUAAGAGUUUUUCUCGGGCCGUUCACCUGUACCCUGAUGAUGAGGAACUCUGGAAGGAGGAUCUACUGUGGGCCAAAUCACUCCUGGACCAGCAGAGGGUAACACAGGCAGAACAGCCCACAAAGGAGGAGGGCUGUACCCUCACUGAAAUCUGUGAUCCACCACUCAAAGAGAACUGUACUGUCACUGAAAUCUGUGAUCCACCCCAUAAAGAGAACUCUGCCAACAGUGAAAUCUGUGAUCCAUCCCACAAGUUGACUGCUAUCUGUGCGACAUAUCACAACAUAACAAAAGAAAUGAGUGAUUCAUCAGAUCAGGUGGAUAAAAGCUGUCAACAUCCCCAAAAAUCAAAUGAAAAAUGCAGUUCUCUCUCACACAAAAGUAAACAUUUAUCAGAUGAAUGUGUUCAAGAAAAUGACAGGGACAACUUAGGGGGCUCUGAUCAAGUUAAAGAGACUAAAAGAAUACCUAACAAUUAUGUCAGAAUGAGACAGUAUCUUUCCCAUUAAAAGAAUAGGAAUUCAG